CCGCCAUGGCAGACUGCGCCAGGGUGUUCGAGGCGUCGUCGCCCGACGGUCAGAUCAGGCUCUACCUGAGCGCGCUGGACUUUGUCGAGCACGGGGCGCGUGUUGACCCCAUCGAGGGCGUGCUGAUGGUCAGCCCGACGUUGGAGGAGCGACGUCGCGUCUUCGGCCGUGUCACGUGCUCCAUGCGCUACGGCUGCGACGCUAUGGAGCUUCUGGGCCUCAGCUUCGAGGAGGACGUGGUGCUGGCGGCGGAGCAGAUGUACCCGCGGCUCACCGCCGACACCCGAACCCACCCAGCUGCAGCGGCGCCAGUGUCUGACAGCAGUGUCCGUGUCCGGCAGCGGCUGCUGCUGCGGCGGCUAGGACCUCGCGCCACGCCCUUCUCCUUCUGCCUGCCGCUGCAGUCGCCCAGCACAGUAGCGCUGUGUCCCAACGAUGGUGAGGAGAGCAACUUCUGCGGCGUCACCUACACCCUGUCGGCGUCGGCGGCCGACGACGAGUGGGAGCAGCCGCUCAAAAGUUCCACGGCCUUGGUCACCAUCCGCAAGCUGCAGGGCUCGCCGGCGCGCGUGCUGGCGCCACCCUGCCUCAGCGUCAGCCGGCGCUUCAUGCUCAGCCCCGGGGAGCUGCACCUGCAGGCUAGCCUGGACAAACAGGUAUACCACCGAGGCGAGAGACUCAUCCUCGACAUCCACAUCAGCAACAGCAGCAGCCGGUCUGUACGGCGCAUCAAGGCCACGCUGCUGCAGACGGUGCAGGUGCGCCUAUACACCAACAGCGUGCACCGGACCGCAGUCGGCGAUGUGCAGAUCGAAGAGAAGUGUCCCGUGACGCCGGGGCAGCGUCUGCAGAAGACGCUGGCCCUCCAGCUGGCGCCGAAGUCGGACGCCAAGACACGGAAAAACCUGGCGCUGAACGGGGCCCUGCCGGACCAGCCGGACGGCCUGGCCUCGACCACACAGCUCAGCCACCCGGAUCAGAAAGUAUUCGGCCUGGCCGUCUCCUACUCCGUCAAGAUAAAGUUGUACCUGAGUUCUCUGGCAGGCAGGGUGGUGGCCGAGAUGCCCUUCACACUGACGCACAUGCAGUCGGACUUGCGGCGCCUGUGCAGUCCCUUGCCGGCCGUUCCCAGCCCGGAGCUGAGCACGCCGAGCCCAGAGCCGCGGGCCAGACGCGCCGCCUCCCCGGACAUGGCCGACAUGCUGCACUUCAGCCUGUUCAAAAAGCAGCGGGACGGCAGGCAGCCGCUCGAACCGCUCCUGUCCCUGGAGCCGGUCGUGCGGCGCACCAGCAGUCUGGAUCACUAA